AUGGUCAAAGGUGACGCAUUUGAGGGCCUUAUCGCCCGGAUAGUAUCGCUCAACGAUAACAUGGAGGGACUCCUUGAUCGUUCUGCUAUGAGUGAUCUCCGCUCUAGGCAGGAGAAGUCAAACCUGCUCCUCUUACAGCUUACACAGCAGGUCGGCGACCUCACUGAUCUCGCAAAAGCAUUAAGCUUGACGCCCGAGAAAAUUGACCGAGGCCCGUCCCUGUCACGUACAUCGACCUUGAUGAACGAUAGGGCGGAGCACACGUCGCUCGCAGACCUGGCAGUCUUUAAGCUUCAUGUACUAGAAUUGAAUGCCGCGAGCACGAAACCCGCCUCGGCAGCUGCAGCAAUGUUGAAGGGCCUGGAGCACCUCCACGCUGACCAGGGAAUGGAAGACCCGCGGCACCGUGUCAACGGCCUCGUCGAUGGCAAACAGGCGUGGGUCGAAUGGCGGACGCUGCUAGAAGGCGAUUCCGCAUCCGUAUCUUCAGCUGUCAUUGAGUCACGACUUUCCGAUUUAGCCACACUCCUGAACAACGAUGACGUGCCGUCAACCUUUCGUACACCCCAUUGUCUGGGCUACUGCAAGGAAGAAGACGAGGAAGAUACCCGCUACGGCCUUGUGUACCAAUUCCCCAGCGUCCACAGCGGCUCUGCUACCGACAUAGCCUCCCUGCAGCGCCUGUUCACAGAACGAAGAAUGCCUUCACUAAGCAUCAGACUCUCCAUUGCCACCGCCCUAAUCGAGUCCCUCAUGUAUCUCCACGCAGUCGACUGGCUGCACAAAGGCUUCAACAGCAACAACAUCCUCUUCUUCCAUCCGAAAGACAAGCAACUCAGCAACCACAGCCUCGAGAACCCCACUAUAUCAGGCUUCGACUUCGCCCGCCCCGAAGACACAGACGACACCACGGUCAAAAGCACUUCCACGCUCACCGACGACCUCUACCGCCACCCCAACCUCCUCACCAUGUCCAGCUCCCGGUCCUCCAAAACCCACGACAUCUACUCCCUGGGUGUCGUCCUCAUCGAGAUCGCCCUCUGGGCCCCCAUCGAGAAGGUCCUGGAGCAAUGCUUCGGCAAGAAAGUCACGCGGUCCAAGACCCCCUGGAUCCGCGAGGGUCUCCUGACCUACCCGUACAACGGCUUCGAGAAUGUGACGGAGGCCGUGGCCGCGUUGGCCGGCGACAGCUACGCGGCCGCCACUAGGCGCUGCAUCGAAGGCGGCCCUGCACUUGGGCUCGACCGGCCAUCGCGAGGAGUACCAGAGAAGGGGGGCGCGAGUGGCGGUGGCGGUGGCAGUGGCAAGCUUCAGGAGGUGUUCUAUGAAGAGGUCUACCGCAAGAUUGGGGCUGUUGAAGUCUGA